AUGAAUUCGUUUUACCUCUUCUUUUUUUCUUUUAAAAUCGCUGCCAUUUUCUGGCUUCUGCAUAUUAAUCGCUUCAUACAUCUAUCUAUCUAUCUAUCUAUCUAUCUAUCUAUCUAUCUAUCUAUCUAUCUAUCUAUCUAUCUGUCUGUCUGUCUUCGGAUAAUCAGUCAUCUAUCUAUCUAUCUAUCUAUCUAUCUAUCUAUCUAUCUCCUUCGGAUUAUAAACCAGUCAUCUAUCUAUCUAUCUAUCUAUCUAUCUAUCUAUCUAUCUAUCUAUCUAUCUAUAUAUAUAUAUAUAUAUAUAUAUAUAUAUAUAUAUAUAUAUAUAUCUUAUCUAUCUUCAUCAUCUAUCUAUCACAAUCUCUUCACAUCUCUAUCUAUCUAUCUAUCUAUCUAUCUAUCUAUAUAUCUAUCUAUCUAUCUAUCUAUCUAUCUCCGGAUUUAUAAACCAUCUCUUCACAUUUAUCUAUCUAUCUAUAUAUCUCUUCAUAUCUAUCUAUCUAUCUAUCUAUCUAUCUAUCUAUCUAUCUAUCACAAGCUCUUCAUAACUACCUGUCUAUCUCACUCAGUCCAUUAUCUAUCAAUCUCAGUUUUUAAAUCUAUAAAUCUGUCAUUCUGUUCAUAUCUAUCUAUCUAUCUAUCUAUCUAUCUAUCUAUCUAUCUAUCUAUCUAUCUAUCUAUCUCACUCGCUUCAUACCUAUAA